AUGGAUUCAGCCUCGGGCUCUUACAUAUACGCCUUGCAGGAUGUGCCAGGAAGAGGGAAAGGUCUCGUUGCAAGGGAGAAGAUCUUCAAGGGCACGCGAGUUCUUUCUGAAGAGGCCGUUGCCACAGUCAGUGAAUCGGUCGGCAGCGAGCGGCUUCGAACAUCCACCUGCCAGCAAGUUGAAGCCCUUAGCAAAGAUCAGCGGCGAGACUUCCUAUCCAUGCACAACAUCCACCCAUAUAGGAAUGCUGCUGAGCAGUAUCUCGGGAUCGUUCGAACAAACUCCCUACCUGCUGAAGCCGUUGGAGAUAAAAGGGCAAUCUUCCUAAAUGCAUGCCGCAUCAACCACGCUUGCGAUAAUAACGCACAGAAGAACUGGAACGAGAAGAUCAAACGACAUACAGUGCAUGCCUCAAAAGACAUUAAUAAAGGCGAAGAGAUUACAAUAACCUACCUAGGCCCCUUCAAGAACCGCAAAGCCCGGCAACAGGCACUUCAGGAAAGAUUCGGCUUCACAUGUUUGUGCCGUCUCUGCUCCUUACCGCUAGAGCAGAGCCAGGAAAGCGACAGGAGAUUAGAGGAGAUCCACCGCUUAGACGGUGUCAUCGACCAACUCGGCACAGAGGGAAUUUUGGUAUCCCCACUCCGGACCCUCCGCUACUUUGAUCAACAGGUACGUCUCUAUAACGAGCAAGGACGAGAGGACGUUGGUUUUGCGCAGGCCUUUGUCAAUGCCGCUCAGCUCGUCAUCGCCAAUAGCGACUUGGCAAGAGGUCGCGUCUUCGCGGAGAGGGCGGCAUCUGUUUGGAAGACGACCCUUGGUGGUGAUAGCGCGCAAGCUAUUAAGCACGGGGCUCUAGCACAGAACCCCUCGAAGUACGAGCUGUUCGGAGUCUCAACGAAGUGGAAGACGAAAGUGAAUGAAGCCCCACAGGGACUUGAACCGGGGGACUUCGAAGACUGGCUUUGGAAGAGGGAUAAGCCAAACCAUUCCGGACAGCUGGCAGAUCUACGGAGCCGCACGACCUUCCCCGGGUUUACUGACCUCCCGGACGAGAACGAUAUCGACCCGGAGUUUUAUGAGAGAAGCAGUAUAGGACAGGUUCAAAAGGGGUACACGGUCGCCAUUCUCUACGCAAAGCGCCACGCAUUUAUGUUCUGUGAGCCCGGUAUCCGCCAUGAGGAUCCCCGGAUGAUCAAGAUCUUGCCACUGUCACUUGAUAAGUUGCUGGCGUUAAACGACCAGUUCCAACAGUUCUCAACAGAGACUAAUAGCAUGAGAAUGUGUCACGGGUGCGGUAAGAAGGCAGCCUCUCUGCAACGGUGCGGCAAGUGCUCGUCUUUCUGGUAUUGCAAUAGGGCGUGCCAAGUAGCUGGCUGGAACAAGAAAGGUCACAAAGCUAAUUGCAAGCUCCUCAAGGAUCCAAAUUUGCGAGGAUUGUUUGUUGUUAAAUGGGACGAAUUUGAUAACUAUAUUCGAUUUCCUCUUGAUGCUAUAAAGGACUCCUAA